AGUUUCCCUGGGUUACAGUCCGCGUGACCCGGCUCUCGUUUGCGCGCUCGCCCCCUUCGCCGGCGCAGUCACCGCGCGGGGCGGCCGCCCGUGAGGUAGCAACCACGGCUUGUGACAACGAAUAAAGCUCCAGGACAGCGGCUCCCUCGGCGACAGCUGGGCGAGCGGCCCCGGCCGGUAGCUGCAGGCGGUGUGCUACCGUGAGGAGCAAGCGGCGGAGGCGACCUCCGGCCCGGCCCCGUACCAGCCGCCCGGCAGGCGCGACAUGAGCCUGGUCCGGCAUCUAUGGGAUGCUCCUUGAGCCCCUUCUCCGGCUGUUACCUCCGGGGGCCGCUUGUGGCCACACCGAUACGUAUUUUCCAAAUAAACCAUUGUUUAUUCUUGCGGCGGCGGGGCCGAACACGCUUAUUUAUUUUUAAUUUUUUCAACAAGCUUUUACCCAGCACUUAGCCAGUGAAACAAUUUGGUCACCGUUUCAAGGGAGCAUCCGCUCGGUAGCAAACCUCGGACUGAGCAGCUUGUGGAAGCCAGCAUCUGCAACGUCUCUCAUCACACGCUUUGAAGAUUGUUGCGUCUUCCUGUAACUACCAGUGUGCUCAGAAUCCCAUUCAAGGAACGUCUUGUCCAGCGAUGCAAAGAACUGAAGUUUCAAGCUGGAAGAUCCUGUAUUGUCCUCAUUAUAGUGUAGAAGAUUCAAGAUAGGAGAGAGAGGCAGUAGCGAAUGAAGACUAUAAAAGAAAAGAAGAAGAAACGUCAAAGAUUGAGAAAAUCUGCCAAGACAAGGAGGGUAACCCAGAGGAAGCCUUCUUCAGGGCCUGUUUGCCGGCUAUGCCUUCGAGAACCUGGGGAUCCUGAAAAAUUAGGGGAAUUUCUUCAGAAAGACAAUCUCAGUGUGCAUUAUUUCUGUCUUAUCCUAUCUAGCAAGCUGCCUCAGAGGGGCCAGUCCAAUAGAGGUUUCCAUGGAUUCCUGCCUGAAGACAUCAAAAAGGAGGCAGCCCGGGCUUCUAGGAAGAUCUGCUUUGUGUGUAAGAAAAAGGGAGCUGCCAUCAACUGCCAAAAGGAUCAUUGCGUCAGAAACUUCCAUCUUCCUUGUGGCCAAGAAAGGGGUUGCCUUUCACAAUUUUUUGGAGAGUACAAAUCAUUUUGUGGGAAACAUCGCCCAACACAGAAUAUCCAACGGGGAAACAUGGGGGAGGAAAGCUGCGUCUUGUGUUGUGAAGACUUAUCCCAAGCAAGUGUUGAAAACAUCCAGAGCCCGUGUUGUAGUCAAACUAUCUACCACCGCAAGUGCAUACAGAAAUAUGCCCACACAUCAGCAAAGCAUUUCUUCAAGUGUCCACAGUGCAACAAUCGAGAUGAGUUUCCUCAAGAAAUGCUAAGAAUGGGAAUUCAUAUUCCAGACAGAGAUGCUGCCUGGGAACUCGAGCCAGGGGCUUUCUCAGAGUUGUAUCAGCGCUAUCAGCAUUGUGAUGCCCCCAUCUGUCUGUAUGAACAAGGCAGAGACAGCUUUGAGGACGAAGGGAGGUGGCGCCUCAUUCUGUGUACUACAUGCGGCUCCCAUGGAACCCAUAGGGACUGCUCCUCUCUCAGAUCCAACUGUAAGAAAUGGGAGUGCAAGGAGUGUGCACCUUCUGCUGAAGCCACAGACUACACACCUGAAAACUCAGGUGACAUGCCCUGUUGCAGCAGCACCUUCCAGUCCAGGGAACAUUUCUGCAGAGACACCAGCCUGGAAGAGAAUCCAGGCCCUUCUUGGACUGAUUGGCCAGGACCUACCUUAUUAGAAAAGCCAGAGUCCUCUGGUCACAGGAGGGGGGGCCACUCCUGGAAAUCCAAGGGCGUCAAAAUCAUUAAGUGCUGCAAAAAAUCCAAGUAACAGUUUCUGAGUAGUUGCUAACAAGCACAUUUGGGUAUGAAGCCAUGCUCCUCCAUCAGAUCUGGGGGAGGGAGCACUUUGGGACUGUGAGACAAGGAAAGGGGGCCGGCAGUCAGACUCUGAACCAAGGAAAGAGAAGUCCCAGGGGACGUAGGACAGAACAGAACUGUGAUGCCAAUUGUGGGAUGUGUUUGUGGCUAUGGGAGCAACUCUGCUCUUUCUGCCCGAUUCCCAGAGGGCCCUUUCUUCUCUUUUUUUUUCCACCGAGGUUCUCCCACCUUAAUCUGGUUCUUUACCCACGUUUGUUAUUAUGCAAAUAAAGGUUUUUCUCUCCA